AGGAGUCUUCGGUUUCGGUCGACCCGCUCUCAUCAAUGAGCACACGCGUCGGCGCGCCGGCAAUAUGCCCACCAUUCACGUAACGGCCCAGGUCGUCGAACACCUUCAGUCGAUUUCAAAUUCGCUCCGGAAAGCGCGAAAGGUCGUUGUUGUGACCGGCGCAGGCAUCAGUACCAAUUCAGGUAUCCCAGAUUUUCGCUCUCGAAAUGGCCUUUACUCCCUGAUACAAGCACAAUAUGAGGCAGCCAAAAACACGUCCUCGGGGGGUGAUGAGAGGCAAAGCGAUCAGCCCGCAGCAAAGCGACGGAAACUGUCUGCCGAUUCAACGAGUGCCGAGCAAGAAUCCGUGGAUCCAGUACCCCCCACAGGCAUGUCCGAAUUGACGACCGAGGAGCCUAUGUCGGUCAGCAAAGUCGACGAAACUCCAGAUGGAAUUAAUACAGUGGGCGGUAGGAGUACUAUAAGCCAUUCUGAUGGUAUCCAUCCGCCAAUGGUUCUUCCCAGCUCGCCCUUGUCCUUGCCCGCAAUCGCAGGCGAUAACGAACCGCGUGGUCCAUCGAAUGGAAGGCCAGUGUCCCGCACGCCUGGACGAAGACCAUCCUCCCUUUCCGCACCAGGGUCUCCGAAAGAACACUCAUCUCCUCUCUCGUCGCCGCCACCCAUACUCUUUGACCCUUUCUCGGACAGCACAUCCGAGAACACGAGUUCUACGACAUCCGAGGCUGGGGAUACCCCACCUUCAUCCCAGCCCCAGUCCCAGUCAGUGGCCAACCAUCGAAACAGCUUGCCAAAUAUGAAGGGCAAAGACUUGUUUGACGCUUCUGUGUGGUCUGAUCCUGUUAGAACAUCUGUCUUCUACAAGUUUACGACAAGUCUGAAGCGCAAGUCGAAAGAGUCCAAGCCAACAAGCACACAUCAUUUCAUCAGCCAUCUACGAGAUAAGGGAAAGCUCGUUCGCUGUUAUACCCAAAAUAUUGACGAGAUAGAAAAGAGGGUUGGCUUGUCAACAUGUUUGAAGCUUGGUCCAGGAAGCAGAGCCAGGUUUGCUCGUCCUAGUCGGGCAUCAGCGCCGGCGGCACUAGCUAGAAGUUCGAGUGACCCUGGAGUCCUGGAAAGUAAAGAAACGAAGCCAGUCGCGCCUCCACCAUCUGGUGGGGUGGAGUGUGUCUUUCUGCAUGGCUCGUUGGAUUCUCUCCGGUGUUUUCAAUGUGGCCAGACUAGCGACUGGGAGAACGACUUGGAGAUGGCAACUCUGUCUGGAAACCAGCCUGCAUGCCCUCACUGUGAGGGGGCGACCGCUGCUCGGGAGAACAGGGGCAAGCGUGCCCUUGGAGUUGGCAAGUUGAGGCCUGAUAUUGUCCUGUACGGAGAGGAGCAUCCAAACGCGCACCUCAUCUCACCGCUGAUACAACACGACCUGUCUCUGAAUCCAGACAUGCUACUGAUCCUUGGCACCAGUUUACGCGUCCAUGGGCUCAAGGUCAUCGUUAGGGAAUUUGCCAAAUCAGUUCACAAUAGGGGUGGCAAAGUGGUGUUUGUCAACUUGACCAAGCCCUCCGAGAGCGUCUGGGCGGAUGUUCUCGAUUACUGGGUUGAGUGGGACUGUGACGCGUGGGUCGAAGAUCUGAAAACCAGGGAGGCUGAGCCAAAGGGUGGGAAAUGCAAUUCAGGCCGCGCCGAGAAAAGUGCUUUGGACACCGGGAAACCGUCUAAAAAGAAGAAGGCUACAACAGUGUUAAACAAGAAUACCUCAAGCCAAGAUCAACCGACACCGCCAACGACGAAACAGGAACCGAAGGCCACGGCGAUCGACCAACAACCAAAUGCCUCGUUGAGUGAACAAAAGCUGGAUGUAUCCACGAGCGAGCAACAUCUUGAAACAUCAACAGGCAAGCAUCAGCCGGAAACAUUGACAAGCGAACAGCAGCCCAAGACCUCUAAAAGCGAGCAACAACAGGCGGUUUUGUUAAUCCAACAGGAACCGCCUAUUCCUGAGCUUCAGGUAGAUAGAGAAAAGGAGACUUCUUCUGCUCCUGGGGGAUUUACGGCUUGUGCCCCAGUGCCACCCACAGACAUCAAAGAUGCUAGCAGAGAAGGAGUUGAACAAAAUAUCAAUAUUUCGGGGCCGCCUAAGAAACAGAACAAACAAAGGAACAAGGCCAGGAAACCUUCACGACGGACGCCUGACCUUCCAGAGGCAACUAAUGAUCCUGCCUACAUUCUACAGUGCAUAUAUGCAGAACUGGCACAGAUUAGCGGCAGACCAAACAACUACCUACGGCCUUUCCACAGGCCCCUUGAUCCCACAGCAAUAAAUAAGCCGACACCGAAGAACAAAAAGCUGCCGGGCGUUCAUAAGCCGAAACUUGCCGCACCCAAGAAAGUACCCCGUUCGAGAAAGUCGAAUUUGACAGCGCAGGCACCGGUCGAGUCACCCAAGGUCGAUGUAAAACCAACUGCCAGUCCAUUGAUCGGUUCUAGCUCUUCAGGCCUACAAGACGUCGGCACUUCAGCACUGGCGGCCAAUGCAGAGCUAGCACCACAAGGCCAGAUCACUGACCUUGUGGAUGGAGUUGCGGCCGCAAUCAAGUCAAAUCCGCGGAAACGCAAGCCAAAGAUGAUCGAUGGUGUUGCCGUCGGUUCAGUUCCGCGGAAGCAAAAAUCUACGGUUGAAAAAGGAGCAGCAUCAAAGCAGAAGCCACCAGAUCUUGCACAGGCUCAUGCGAUAGCCACCGCUACUACAUUAGCUGCAGUACAGCUACUACACAAAGGAGCCCCGAACACGCAGAACAGUGGCCUCGACUUAACCGCUGCUGCAGCAGAGUUUAGCCCUCGGCCUCUGCCACGUCCUAACAUGAGCAGUGAAGUGGCUAGCAUCCCAACAAGUGAUCCCUCGCAGAGUCCACAGUAUACUGCAAUUAGGCUUGCUCCGUUGAAACUGAACGAGGAUCGCAAGCGCAGUCCUGCGCAUUCCUGUGUCAGGCCCAUAUCGUUGCCAGCUCCAUCCCCCAUUGAACCCCCACCACGACAACCAGAACCGCAACCAGUUGUACAUCCAAGCUCAUCACAAGAACAGCAGCAGAAAAUGGCAACCAUAAUGCCAUUACCAUUUAAUUCUAGUCGACCCCCGCCGCCAGCCUGGCUUACUCAGUCACUAGCAACCCCGCAGGCCUCACCGUAUAUAUACACAUCUUCUCCCCAGCCACCACGCGCACUCCACCAGCAAGCACAACGAAACAACCCAUUCAGGCUUACGCAGUCCCUUGUAGGCCUUCGUAGAUCACCGGGCCUGACUCCGCGAACGUUUUCGCCUGCACAGUUCUAUUCGGGGCCCAAGCCAGGGGGACUCAGUGGCAGUAACGUCUCGUCAGCGGUGUCUUCCGACGCGUUGGCUGAACGACGUGCUUUGCUGGAGGCUGAAGCCGCGGCGACUUUAUCCAGUAUGGCUAGUAGGAAAUGA